UGCUCAGAUGUGUCACCCUCAAACGGCCUCGGCCCGGCACGACCUGCUCAGAUGUGUCACCCUCAAACGGCCUCGGCCUGUGUCCCCUGAGCGCGUCCCCUGCGGCCCCACCCUGGGGGGGCCCUGCCCGAGCCCCCCCCGGCCCCACCCCGAGCACUGGGAGACAGGUUCCAGCUCCGGGAAGCGGAAGCGGAACAGCCGGAACAACACCCGGAAUAACACCCGGAAUAACACCCGGAACAACACCCGGAACAACACCCGGAAUAACACCCGGAAUAACACCCGGAACAACCCCCGGAACACCCGGAACAACCCCCGGAGCAGCUCCCGACGGCCCCUCCCACACACAGACCCCCCCCCGGGACCCCCCCGAGCCCCCGGCCAAGGUCACCUGCG